UUAAAAUAAUCAUGAAAUGUUCAUUAAAUAAAGUACUUUUUACUGUAAAUAUAUAUUCAUGAAUAAAAUUAGCAUGUUUACAAUUUUAAAAUGGUUUAGCGUAAUUUGAUACACUCUUGCAUGGUCCUAAAAUCAGCCGUUUGGUAAUUAAUGCUUGACAAAGCUCUUUUGUUUCACACUUUUUUGUCAAGUUUUCCAAUUUUUCUGUAAAAGAAAAAUGAAAAAGGCCAACCCAAAACUCACAUGUGACAUCUUUUCACCAAGACAGCGUUUUCUUCAUAUAGUUAUGACUGAACACUAAUGUUUGCAUAGCUCAACAUCAUCACCCUAAAUGUUAAUAUGCCGAAAAUACGAUUGCUUAAUACACCUCUAAUUUUAGGUUAAAAGGUAUAAAAUUUUGAAUAUUAAGACAAAACUACAGUAUUAUUUUUGUUCUGAAUAUGAAAAGCUCUCCAAUGGCAUCUAAAAUGAAUUAUUUGAAUAUUAUCACAGUGUAAAGAAAGAAAGUACAAGGAAAGCAUGAAAAUUAACUUUUUGUUAUAAAUUCUAAAGUAGUUUUUUGACCCGUAAUGCCAUUGCAUGCACUUCAAUAAUCUAAAUAAUAACAUCAUUUUUGUAUUGUAGUGAAGCACUGUUGUGUUUUGUAUUAGUCCCAGUCCUGUCUUUGUACUUUGUCCUAUUUGUGAUGUCCUGUUUCUUAGGUGCUCACCACUUUCAUUUAAGCUAUUUUGCUUUGUGGUGAUUCUUUCAAUAGACUUAUUUACAAUCAACACUUAUAAAAUCAUUUUUCUAUAAAAUCAUGCACUUUUUGUCUAUUGAUGAAUAAAUUAUCACUCACUCACUCACUCACUCACUCACUCACUCACUCACUCACUCACUCACUCACUCACUCACUCACUCACACACUCACUCACUUACAUGAACUUGCCUCUACCUAUUAUUACCUUUAGAUUAAAUAUGAAAACAUAACAAUUUAGAAAUGAAGAAAAAUCACACUGGCAAUAAAGAAUAUAAAUUGAUUCACCAAAUCUUAUGCAUAACCUCUAUCGACUUUCAAAGAAGAACUAUAUAUGGAUUUGUGGAGCUGCAUAUCUUACCACUUGUUCCAGUAUUAAGUAGAAUCAAGUUAAACUGCAAACAAUGUAGAAUUUAUAGAGUUUGUGUGAAGGGGUCAGGCUUGGAAUCAUGGCUGGAAGCGGCAUUUUUAACUGAUGAUCCUGGUAAUAAUGUGUGUCCAGAUGGAAGAAAGAGGAACUUGGAUUAUUUUUCUAACAGUUUACAAAAUGCAGUGUAUCAAACAGAACCUGACAAUAACAAUGGAGAGAUAACUGUCAGGUUGCCAAGUGAAACCAUGCCUCUGGUUGAAGAAAAGAAGAUGUUACGUCUAAGCAUUGAAUUUAUUUUGGAUAAACCAUCUAGUGGUGUUCAUUUUGUUGUACCAAAUGGAAAUGGAUCUUUUGUUGAAAGAAGCUGUCAUAUGUAUAGUUACAAAUGGGGAAACUCUAGCAGGCUUUGGUUCCCUUGCAUUGAUUCAUUCAGUGAGAUUUGCACUUGGAAAAUAGAAGUCACUGUGGAUACUGGUAUGACAGUAAUAUGCCCUGGGGAAUUGGCUGAAAAAAUAUACACCCCGGAUGAACAGCGAGUGACACAUCAUUUCACGCAAACAAUUCCAACUUCAGCUUGUAAUAUAGGAAUUGCAGUGGGGCCAUUUGAAAUUUGCCCUGACCAAGAGAUGCCCGAUGUUACAUAUUUUGUUUUACCAGGAUUAAAAUCAUUAGUGAAGAAUACUGUUUCUUUUCUAAAUGAUGCUUUCGAGUUUUUUGAGGAAAGUUUGAACACACAAUAUCCAUAUUCUACAUUUAAACUUGUCUUUGUUGAUGAAGCAUUUGAAUCAUGUCAAUCAUUUGCAUCAAUGGGAAUACUAAAUACAAAUUUACUUCAUCCGUCAUCAAUUAUUGAGCAACCCUUUACAACCAGGCGUAUCAUUGUUGAAUGUUUAGCAGAACAAUUUUUUGGAAUGUUUGUAUCUUUGCAUUCAUGGGCAGAUAUUUGGUUGCUGCGAGGUAUUGCAUUAUACCUGACUGGAAUGUUUAUCAAAAAAAUGUUUGGUAAUAAUGAAUAUAGAGAUUGGUUACACAAGGAGCUGGAGCUCUUGUGUAAUUAUGAAUUAGACGGACCUGGCUUACCACCUUUGUACCCAUUCCCACUGGCAGCGAUUCCACUUGAUAGUAAAAUGGAAGUAAAAACAGAUCCAGUCAUUCCACCACAGAUGGCCAUACUCCAACAACAUCCUCAUUUGAUCUCUUAUAAACAGUACGAGAUGCUUAAAACAAAAAGCCAUCUGGUCAUGCGUAUGAUGGAGUUGCGUAUUGGCCAAGACCUUCUGUUACAAGCAUGUAAUAAAGUGCUGUCACUUGCUUCUUCGGCUGCAGCCAAGAGAAGUGAUAGCACUCUAUGGUGCAAUAUGCUGCUGUCCACCACAGGUUUUUUGAAAACCAUAUCUACCGUUUCUGGAAAAGAUAUUAAUAUAUUUGUAGAUCAGUGGAUAUGUCACACUGGUGUUGCUAAAUUCAACGCAUCGUUCAGUUUUAACCGCAAAAGAAAUAUUGUUGAGCUUGAGAUAACACAGUAUUGUGGCAAGGGAUGUCAAAAAUAUGUGGGUCCUUUGAUCGUUUGCAUACAAGAAUUGGAUGGUUCGUUUUCACAUACUGUACAAGUUGAAGAUACGACCAGUCACCAUGAAUUACCUUGCCAUUCAAAAAGUAGACGAAACAAGAAGAAGAAGAUCCCAUUAAUAACAGGAGAAGAAGUGGAUAUGGACCUUAGUGCAACUUUUGACACAGAUUCCCCAGUGCUAUGGAUCAGGAUAGAUCCAGAUAUGACCUGGCCACGCCUUGUAUCGUUACAACAACCGGAUUAUAUGUGGCAGUAUCAGUUGAGAUAUGAAAGAGAUGUGACAUCACAAGUCGAGGCUGUGAGAGCAUUGCAACGUUAUCCAUGUGCUGGCACAAGAAGUGCAUUGAUAGACAUUAUCAACCAAAAUGAAGCGUUCUACAAAGUGCGAACAGAAGCUGCACGUUGUCUGGCUAAGGUUGGUACAGUGGAAGCAGAAGUAUGGGACGGUGAAAAUUCAAUGAUUGAAAUUUUUGAGAAGAUGUUUGGCUCCAAUGCAGCUCCUCGUAUACCUAGAUUUAAUGAUUUUUCUAAUUUCAUCUCGUAUUUCUUACAAAAGUGUCUUCCACAAGCAAUUGCAACUAUGAGGAAUGUUCAUUCUCAAUGCUCUAACAGAGUGAUCACGUUCAUACUAGACCUUUUAAAGUACAAUGACAACAGAUUUAAUCAGUUUUCUGAUGCUCCAUACGUGAGUUCAUUGAUCGAUGCGCUCACCACAACUAUAGGUCCAGCUAUACACUUGGCCUCUUCUGUGGAGGAGUCAGCUAGAUCCAGUCUUCCGCAUGACGCACACGCAAAGAAUAUAUUAAAAGUGGUUAAUCGUCGAUUGAAUAUGGACAAGAUAUUGCCGUCUUAUAGAUAUUGCAUUUCCUCCAGCUGCUUGAAAGCUAUCCGAAGUUUACAAGUCAAUGGUCACAUCCCAGCUGAAUCACAAUUCUUCAAAAAAUUUGCCCAGUAUGGUGUUUUUGAAGACGUCAGAAAAACAGCUCUUCAAAUUAUGGUGGAUUUUACUUUAGUUCAAUCUAGUGAAAAAGAUUUGGAAUGGAUUUUAGAUGUUGUGGAACAGGAUCCUGUGCCUAGUAUUCGUCACCAUGUUGUAUCUUGCUUAAUCGAGAAACCACCAUUCACAAAGAAAGCAACGAAUUCCUCUAUGAAUAAUUCCACAUUGGUGGAGAGGCUGUGGCAAUUAAUGAACUGUGAUUCUGCUAACGACCAUCGAUUGCGCACCGGAUUGGUUGAUUUAUACGAUGCAUUGUGGGGAAGAGUGACACCAGCCUGUGUACCUUCCCACGGGUUUGGAAUUGUGAUUGAUUUAAAGGGUAAAAACGCUGUGGCGAAAUCUUCAUCCUACCUGCCAGCAUCACCUAACAUGGUGAUUUAGGAUAUGUCAGCAUCUGUUAGUGCGGGAGAAGAACCCGGCGCCAAGAAGAGAAAAACAUCGCAUGGAAACUCUCCAGCAGUUGAUUCUAUCGAUGCGAGACCUGGAACGCCGAUGAGUGUUGGCUCG